AGCCACAGGAAGGGCCGGGUUCAGUGCCUUUCCCUCCGUUAAGACGGUUUUGUUUUCAUUGAUUCAGUAAAAUCCCUGGCUUUCUUUUUGGCCAUUUUCCUUAAAACUCGCUAAUAAAAUUUGCAAGAAAUUUCAAAAAAUUCCUAAUCCAAUUACCACUCUCCCUUCCCUAUCUAUCUAUUCACCAUUUUUUCUUUAUGGUUAGUUCUUCAUUCCAUUUUUAUUUUUUGUUUUUCUUCUCUUCUAUCGUCUUCAACCCUAACCAUUUCUCCAUCCCGUUUCUUUUCUCCACAAUCAAACCAAUUCUCCAAGGCGUUAUGCUCAGAAAAUGCGAUUGCUAAUGCGUUUAUUUCUUCUGAAUCGUUUGUUGUUGGAUCUGGCAGGUGUUAGCCUCGGAGUUUGAUUAGGAGUUUCAUCAAAUGGCUUACAAGGUGGAUCACGAAUACGAUUAUCUCUUCAAGAUUGUGUUGAUCGGUGAUUCUGGCGUUGGAAAGUCCAAUAUCCUCUCCAGGUUUACGCGGAACGAGUUCUGUUUGGAAUCCAAGUCAACAAUCGGAGUUGAAUUCGCUACGCGGACUUUGCAGGUAGAGGGGAAGACAGUGAAGGCCCAAAUAUGGGACACAGCAGGGCAAGAGAGAUACCGAGCCAUUACGAGUGCUUAUUACAGAGGAGCAGUGGGUGCACUUUUGGUAUAUGACAUUACCAAGAGACAAACCUUUGACAAUGUCCAAAGAUGGCUACGCGAACUGAGAGACCAUGCUGAUUCCAACAUCGUGAUCAUGAUGGCCGGAAACAAGGCCGAUCUGAACCAUCUCCGGGCAGUUUCGGCCGAAGAUGCUCAGGUUUUGGCAGAGAAAGAAGGGCUGUCAUUUCUCGAGACCUCAGCCUUGGAGGCCUUGAACGUCGAGAAGGCUUUCCAGACCAUUUUGCUCGAUAUUUACCACAUCAUUAGCAAAAAAGCUUUGGCCGCUCAGGAGGCCGCUUCCACCCCCGGCAUACCUCACGGCACCACCAUCAACGUCGCUAAUAUCUCAGGCAACUACAACAAGAGAAGUUGUUGCUCUAAUUGAUCUUGUGACGACCAUUUUGGGGGUAAAAAAAAAAAAAAAAAAAAAUCAGUAAGAGUUUUUGUUGUAUAAGGCAAGAUGAAUAGAGAGGUACCCUUUUCUUUUAUAGAUGGAAAAGUAACUCAGACUGCUUCUCUUCAGUUUCUAUCUGAACUACUUCCGUUUGUUUCUGUGGAAAAUGAGAGAUUUUUGAUCCAGGUUGUA